UGAUUGCCACCAUUCCAGCAUCGACAACCUCCGAAUUCCAACCAAGAGUACUACUUCAUAGCUACUUUUACUUUACAAUUGUUCUAAAUUAAUCACGAACCUUCGCUAGCUAGCUACUUUCUUUGUUCACUCAAAUCUCUGUUUGUGAUCGAUCGGAGAAUGGCCGAGCAGCCGGAGACCACCGUAACUACUGUCACUGCUGAAGAGGUUAUUGAGACCAAAGAUCGGGGCUUGUUUGGUUUCAUGGGGAAGAAAGAAGAGGUGGAGCAGCCGAAGCCCCACGAGGAGGUGGUGAUAGCCGAGGAGUUCGAGAAGGUGCACGUGUCAGAGCAGGAGCCCAAGGCGGAGGAGAAGGAGAAGAAACCUAGCCUGAGCGAGAAGCUGCACCGAUCCGAUAGCAGCUCGAGCUCUUCGAGCGAUGAGGAGGAAGCUGGAGAGGGAGGAGAGAAGAAGAAGAAAAAGAAGGGGCUGAAAGAGAAGAUCAAGGAGAAAGUUUCAGGGGAAAAGAAAGAGGAGGAGGACACAUCAGUGCCGAUCGAGAAGGUGGAGGCGGAGCCGGAAGAGAAGAAGGGAUUUCUCGACAAGAUUAAGGAAAAGCUGCCGGGGCAGCACAAGAAGGGCGCCGAAGAGCAUGUACUGCCGCCGACAGAGGUAGAGUCGACGUAUCCCCAGGAAGUAGAGCCCAAGGAGAAGAAAGGUAUAUUGGAGAAGAUCAAGGAGAAGCUUCCAGGGUAUCACCCGAAGAGCAGUGAAGAAGAGGAAAAGGAAAAGGAGAAAGCGAAGGAGCAUGAGUCCCAUUGAGGCGCUUGCUUGCUUUCCCAGGCGCAGCUUUCUGGUUUCCCUGCUUGAAUUAUUAAAUAUAUUAGUUGGUGCUCGAUCUGCUUGAUUAUCAUUUUCGUGUUUCCGUUUAUAUUUGAUGAAAGUAUAUAUAAGUGAGCAUAUAUAUAUAUAUAUAUACACACACACCAUCACUACCACUACCAGUCUACCACUGCUGUUGUAUGUUUAUUAUUAUUAUUAUUAUGUGUGUUGUAAGCCGUUCCCGCGCGUUUGUGAGAUCAUUUUGUCAAUGGAUUUGUUGUUUGCUUU